GGCGGCAACGUGCUCUGCAUGUUCACGGUGGCGUGGUGCGGCAAGCGGCCGCUCGCGCUCACCUCCAUCGCGGGCGUGGCCGUGUCGUGCCUCGCGCUGGGCAGCUACCACCUCUUCAUGUCCAGCUCGACGGGUGCCGAGGUCGGCGCCGAGCUCGAGUCCCACUGGCUCCCCCUCGUCCUCUUCAUCGUGCUGUUCUCCUUCCACUCCUUCGGUAUCGGCCCCGUGCCCUGGAUGCUGUUGUCCGAGGUCUUUCCCUACCAGGGACGAGGUCCGGCUACUGGCAUUGCUGCAGCAGUCUCCUACAUCCUUGGCUUUUUUGCAGCAAAAACUUUCCUUGACAUCCAGCAUUUGGUAAAUCUUAGUGGUGUGUUCAUAGUAAACGGCAUGGUGGCUGUCGCAGGAUUCCUAUUUAUGUGGUUCUACCUCCCAGAGACGGAGGGUAGAACCUUACAAGACAUAGAGUCAUUGUACAUAAAAAAGAAAAAGACCAAUGCUGAUGUGCAACCAAACCCUACCAUAGAAAAGACAUCUCUGUGAUUACAUUUUCUAUUAGUCAAUCAUCACAUUUCAUAUUAAUUUUAGAUGAAGCCGAAAACAUUCAGCAAAACAGAGCAUCAGCAGCUGGAAAUAAGCAUUGUGGAACUAACUGUGAUCAUGAAAUUUUAUGCAGAAUGUCAGCCUUUUCAGAUGAAAUUUAGCAGGUUGUUUCAGUGUCAUUGUAAUUUUUAAUAGAACUACUGUAUGCAUACUGAUGUAAAAGAAUCGAGAUAACUAUUUAAAUCAUUUAAGAAAGUUAAAUUAAGUUUAUUGAUGUUUAGAGAUAAAGGUUCUGGAUCAGACCAGGGUGUUGUACAUAUGAAAUUAGGAUUGAAUGUCAAUUGAAAAAUUCUAAAAAAUAAAAAUAAAGUAAAUUUUUA